AUCGCCCCAUACUCGAACCUCGUCGCGAACUCGCUGUCGACCUUCGGAGUGCCACCGUUGUUCGAACGAUCACAACUCCGGGGUCAGUGUUGUGUGGGGCAUGUUGAUAAAGUACACAUCCAGAGAGCACGUUGGCACCAGCACCGGGGAAUGUGUGGUUUGCGUGGAAGUUGCUGCAAGCCUAGAACAUAGCGAAAGACGACUACGUGGCACACUGCGCAGUAGCUGAUAGUGCACCGAAAAGCCAACAGAACGGCGGCGAAAGUAGAGUAUACUGGAAAAUGGGUGACUCGGGCGAGAGUGUCUCACCUUCGGUGAUUCCGCUGACCGACGGCGAUGCCGACGAUGCACCGCCGAAAGACAAAGGCCUGUGGCGAGAUCUGGUUGCCUAUUGGAUAUUGGGUUUGUGCAACAACUACGGCUACGUGGUGAUGCUGACGGCCGCACACGACAUUCUGAAGGACCUGGAGGAGGGUGACGAUCACGCCAAAAGUGCACUGAAUGCAUUCAGUGUACACAACACGACGACGGCCCGCUCGGACGACGUCACGUACGGAUACGAAACGCGGCCCUGCAACAAGCUAUCGACCGGCGCAAUUCUGCUGGCGGACAUCCUGCCAGCGUUGGCUGUCAAAUCAAUUGCAUCGUUCUUCCCGCUGGCCAAGCAUAUACGGAUAUUCCUGUGUGUCGUUGCGGCGGCGGCCGGGUUCCUGCUAACGGCAUUUGCCACCGUCCAGUGGGUCCUGUUCCUGGGCGUGAUAUCGACAUCGUUCUCCUCCGGUCUCGGCGAAGCCACAUUCCUGGCGUAUGCAACGUACUUCAACAAGAACGUCAUUUCAACGUGGUCCUCCGGCACGGGUGGCGCAGGAAUUGCCGGAUCACUCUCGUACACCGGGCUCACCGAGCUCGGGCUGACGCCAAAGACUACCAUUCUCAUUAUGCUGGUCGUGCCGGCCCUCGAAGCGGUGGCAUUUUGGGUGUUGCUGCGCCACAAAGACACAAGCAAACCGGCCCUGCCGGAGGAAGCGGAGGGCAAGGAAAUCGACUACAGCACGCUGCCAGAAGAGGAACGCCCGCUGGAGAACUGGAGUCAGCGAUUGCGCUACAUUCCAUCGCUGUUCAUCUACAUGAUCCCACUGAUUUUGGUGUACCUUCUGGAGUACUUUAUCAAUCAGGGCUUGUUCGAGCUGCUCUACUUCCCCGGCAUCUGGCUGUCGCAAUCGGGACAGUACCGUUGGUAUCAGGUGAUCUACCAGAUCGGUGUGUUCAUAUCGCGAUCGUCGGUCAACCUCAUCCAGUUCCGGCACGUGUGGAUCAUGGCGGUGCUGCAGUUCGUUAACGUGGUGUACUUCACCUUCGAGGCGGUUUACUUCUUCACACCAUCGAUCUGGAUCAUCUUCGUGCUCAUUCUCUGGGAGGGACUGCUUGGCGGUGGCGGCUAUGUGAACACCUUCUAUCGCCUGCAGACGGAGGUGCCCGCUGCCCGCCGCGAGUACGCCAUGAUGGUGACGUCCAUCUCGGACUCGGUCGGCAUUGCGCUGGCCGGUGUUGCUGCCAUACCGUCACACAAUGCAAUCUGUGAUCUGCCGGUGCCCGAUCGGUUAUUGUAGUCGCUAAACGAAU